UCAUAACCCUAAAACCCUCGAAACCCUAAUACAUCAAAGCCCUCUCUCGUCUUGUCCAAACCAAAACCCUAAACCUUAAACCCUAACCCUCUCUUCUCUCUCUCGCUCUUGAAAUGGCGUUUGCUAGCAUGAUUCGCAGGUCAGCCUCCGCCGUUGUACCUCUAGCGAUUCGAGUAAUCGGAGGUCACAGAUACCACCACCACUGCUCUGCUCUUUUCUCCGCCGUCAAUCACAGCAAUCUCUCUCGUCAGCUCUCUCGGGCUUCAUUCCCAUCAAUCCUUCACUACUCUUCGACUUCUAAGAGGCCGAGUUCCGACGAGACUCUCCUCCGAGUCAUAAAGUCGGAGAUCAAGUGCGCCGAAGAGUCUGAUGAUCAUGGUCAGGAUGAAGAGGUGCCCGAUGGCUUCCCCUUCAAAAUUAAAGAUAACCCAGGCGAGCAGACAAUAUCAUUGACUCGAGAAUAUCAGGGUGAAACCAUCAAUGUUGAGGUUCAGAUGCCCGACCUUGUUGCUGGUGAGGAUGAUGAUGACAUUGCCGAUGCUGAUGCUGAGAAGAGUAAUCAAUCUAGCGUCCCCCUUAUCGUUAGAGUUUCCAAGAGUAGAGGACCCUGUUUGGAGUUUACUUGUACUGCUUUCCCAGAUGAGAUUUCUAUAGACAGCUUGUCGGUUAAGGAUCCUGAAAGCUCCGAGGAUCAAAUUGCCUAUGAGGGGCCUGACUUCUCGGAUUUAGAUGAAAAUCUGCAGAGGGCUUUUCACAAGUAUCUGGAGGUUAGGGGAAUCAAGCCCAACACUACAAAUUUCUUACAUGAGUAUAUGAUCAACAAAGACAGCAGAGAAUACCUGAUGUGGCUGAAAAACCUUGAGAAGUUUGUUGAGGCUUAAGUAUUUUUGGCUUGGUUGAACAGUUUUGGGACUGCAUUGCAUGAACUUUGUUGAUCUAUUGCAACUGCUAUUUAUAUAUGCAUCACAAGACAUAUUAUGCAAGUUCUAAUUUACUGAAGAGUAAUUAGAAACCCUUUUUAAGUCAGAAACUUUGAUGUGCUUGCUUGUUGGGGAAUCGGUCAAACUCCCAUGAUUCAUAAUUAUAAAGAAAAUGAUUUAGAUUUACUGUUA